GCAUGCGCCUUGCGAGUGAGCACAGGAAAGACGGAUGUGUGACGUCACGAGCAACUGUCUGUGCUACACGAGUUGACUACAGGUUAUUGUGUACCACAUUAAUGUUCUACACGGCUUUUACUACAUUAAUGUACUAAAUGAAUGUGCUACUUGAAUGUACCACUUCACUAUACAUACCCAUACGUGAGUAAAGCUGCGUUUGCUUUCAUGUUUUAUAAGUUAACGUGUUAGCUGUCGGUCGGUGUGAACUUUGGAAUAUUCUUUGGUAUCAUCGUUGGGGCGAACAGAAGCUUGAAAGUGUUGGACAACAAGUCCAACAUGUCCAACAACAAGCCUGACAUGUCCAACAUGGGCAGUCAAGUAACAGGACGAAAGCGAAGCAGCAACAAGGACAGAAGUACAGCUGAAGACGAGGCUUUAAAUCUUAUUGCCAAAGAGGCGGAGGCCAGGCUGGCAGCAAAAAGAGCAGCUCGGGCAGAGGCCAGAGAGAUCCGCAUGAGAGAACUUGAAAGACAACAAAAAGAGAUCUUUCAGGUACAAAAGAAAUAUUAUGGCUUGGACAGCAAAUUAGAUGACAGAGUGGACGACAAAUGGGGAGAUAUCGAGCAAUGGAUGGAAGACAGUGAGAGAUACUCACGCCCCUCAAAGCUGUCAGACGAUGAUGAGCACAUGUCAGUGGGUGUCAGGUCGGAUCUUGAUUCAAUUCACUGUGCAGGGGGCUCCUCCUUGGUCUCGCACAAGAAGUCCAAGAAAAAGAAGAAACAUAAGCAUAAAGAUAAAGAAAGGAACGGCUGUGAUGAUGAUGAGUACAGUGUUGUGUCCAGCAGGAGUUCAAAACUCAGUGACGACAGCAAAGUCUCACGCUCAUCCAGAGGAGACCUAUUGUCUUUACAGUACAGUAGCUAUCCCAGGUCCAGAAGCUCCAGCAGGAACAGUUCAGCUCGUGCCAGUCCAGUGGACCAGUGUGCUUCUGUUGCUACUUUUUUAAGACGUGCAGCAAGUAGCAAUGCUCUCACCUGUAAUCUGGAUCAAGUUUCUAUUCCGGAUUUUUCUCAUAGUUCCAGUGCAGCUUCUACAUUAACUGCAACAACCAUCACAUCCCUAGGCGCCUCUUCUUCACGGACAGGAAGUGGAGAAACUGUGGAUGCUGAGAGUGCUGUGAGAGAAAUUAAAGAAAUUCAUGAACUUAAAGAUCAAAUUCAAGAUGUGGAAUCCAAGUACACACACAACCUAAAAGAAGCCAAGGAUGCUUUAACAGAAGUGGAAGAGAAGUAUCGAAAGGCUAUGGUGUCCAACGCCCAGCUGGACAAUGACAAGAAUAACCUGAUGUACCAAGUGGACACGCUGAAGGACUCUUUGAUGGAACUAGAAGAACUUCUGUCUGAGUCCCGGCGGGAAUACCAGGACAAAGUCAAGGAGUUGGAGCGAGAGAAACACGCCCACAGUGUGCUUCACUUCCAGCUGAUUACCAUGAAAGAAAGCCUUCAACAAAGCGAGGAAUUGCUAAAUGAGAUCCGUCAGUUGCGUAUGAAACAGGACACGUUUUCUAGAGAGAUAUGUGACCUACAAGAGACACUGGAAUGGAAGGAUAAGAAAAUUGGGGCCUUAGAGCGACAAAAAGAAUACACUGAGGCCAUCCGAACUGAGCGAGACGUGCUGAGGGAAGAGGUUGUGAUGCUGAAAGAUAUUCUAAAGAAACAUGGCGUGGUAUUGAGCAUCAAUGGCGGGGCUGCUGAAAUGGACACAGCAAUCAGCAGCCGCGAGGAUUGCAGCAGCUCCCAAACUGAAGUAAACUGCAUGCUGGGAAGCUCAGUGGACGCUCAGUUAAGAAGUAGUGGAAAGGAAGCGGUGGAUCAAGAGCAGCAUCAAGAUGUGUUUGAGGAAAUCCAAACAAGUCGUUUGAGCGCUGAUACGCUGUCUAAUACUGACAAGGCAUCAAUAGUGGAAUCCUGCAGCACAUUGCAAUCCUCAAAAGAACAUGAAAUACCUCUCAAAGUAGUCAAUGGUGGCCAAAGGUUGGAAUGGCAGGCUGAAGUUGAUAAACUCCCAAUCACAAAAGUCUUCAAUGAACUCCUUCUCAGUUCGGAGUUGGAAGAAAAUGCAAGUCAUUCUGAAGAUGUUCCACAUGUCAAGUCAGAUUUAGAGGAGAUAGUUACAACAACCAAUGAUGUUUUUAAAGAUAAGUUUAUUAACGUCUUUGAGGAGAACCCACACAAACCCAAAACCAUACAGAAAUGUCAUUUGAUAAACACACAAUCAUGUCUACAAAAUGUUAUUCAUUCAGAAUCCCGUACACAAGAAGAUUCUAAAGAUUCAGAAUCAUGUCUGGAAAAAGUCAAAGAUGCAGUAUCAUGUUCACAGCGAAAAUGUACAAAAGAUUCUGAAUUGCGUCCCCAAGUAGGAAAUGUAAAAGUACUUGAGUCUGAGGCUAUCCUAGGUGUUUCAAACACUGAACACCAUUGUGGAAGUGAAAAUGCUGAGACUAAAAAUAAUGAAGGAGAAGAAAUACAAAUAGAGGCUCCACCUAAAAGUGUUAAUGCUCUUGGGAAAAAGAAGAAAAAGAAGAGGAGAGGCACAAAGAAAGGAGUGUCCUGUAAGGAAAUAAUUCAAUCUAAGCACAAUGAUAGAAUAUGUCCAAAAAAAAUCCAACUUGCAGCACUUUCAGAAUGUAGCACUGAUGGUCACAUCUGUGAAUGCAUUCAAGAAUCUUCUGCUGAUCAGGUUAUCAAAGAGACCGACCAGCAUCAGGCUACUGAACAAAUGGAACACACUGAAGUCUCAAAUGUUGAACAGCCAAACAAAUCCAAGAUGGAUUCCUUUAGUGGUCAAUGGAAUAAUGAAAAGCACUUGAAAGCAGUGCAGGAACCAGGCGAGGAUCGAAUUUUAAAAGAGACGGACAGGCAAGAUGCUAAACGAGUCGAUUCUGCACAAGCAGAACACCACGAAACAUCAAUCGUUCAAAACCCCAAAGAAUCAAACAUGGAUUUAAUGUUCAAUACAGAUGAACACAAUCAUGAGCAGAAUGUGGAAGCAGAAGUAGACAUAAAAGAUGAAAAAAUCUCUCUACCUUUACCACUCAGUCAAACACAAAGUGAUCAGCACACAGACCAACAGAACUUGGAACAAACUUUAGAAUCUGUGAAAAGUGAGGGAGGAUCUACACGGAGUUCUGAUCCAAGGUUAAGUUUUUGUAUUGACUUUAUUAGCACCAACACCAAUAAAAGUUUGGAGAAAGAGGACAUGCCAACUGCAGACACACAAGAUGACGUGACAACCUUAGACACACAGGAUGACAUGACAACUGUAGACACACAAGAUGGUUUGACAACAGUAGACACACAAAAUGACGUGACAACCAUAGAAACACAGAAAGUCGUGACAAUUGUAGACACACAAGAUGACAUAACCGUAGACGCACAUGGCGUGACAACCACAGACACACAAGACAUGACAAUCACAAACACACAAGACGUGACAGACACACAUGACGUGACAAACGUAGACACACAAGAGGAUGUGACAACUGUAGACACAGAAGAUGUCAUGACAAUUGAAGACACAAUGGAUGACGUGACAACCAUAGAAACACAGAAAGUCGUGACAAUUGUAGACACACAAGAUGACAUAACCGUAGACGCACAUGGCGUGACAACCACAGACACACAAGACAUGACAAUCACAAACACACAAGACGUGACAGCCACAGACACACAUGACGUGACAAACGUAGACACACAAGAUGACGUGAUAACAGUCGACAUACAAGAUGAUGUGACAACUGUAGACACAGAAGAUGACAUGACAAUUGAAGACACAAUGGAUGACGUGACGACUGUAGACACAGAAGAUCACGUGACCACCAUAGACAGACAAGACAAUGGAGCUGCAAAGUGUAAUAAUGAAAUAACAGAAGUGGAAAGUAAUGUUAAAAAUGAAAGCCAUAUUCACUUGUCUGUGACUGAGGAGUCUACUGUCCAACUCCCAGAGUCACCAUCUGAACUGUCUGCUGCGAAGAACUCCAACAAUGAUGAUGUGCUCACUGGGGGUUCUGAUAAAGGCCGGCUAGUGAGAACGUGUACAAAUCAAAAGGAUGAAGAGCCACAAGUAGGAAGCAGAGAAAUAUAUUUUCCGUCUGUUACCAAUCCCAAUCAUAUAUUGGAUGAAACCUCCAACCUGUCUGAAAUUGAGGAAGAACAUGAAUUGUUGGAUUUAGUGAAGCCAAAGAACUCUUCACAUGAGCAUGACAUUGAUAAGACUCAGACUGAACGUUUGACUUUGGGUUAUGAAGAUCAGAUUGAUGAUGCUGCCUCCGACACACAGGGGCAGACACAAAGCUCUCCUUAUAAUAUCAGUCCCAUGAUUGUGCAGCAACUUACUACUGAGCAAUUAGCCUCUGAAGACAAUCCCACGGAGCACAAAAACGGCAAAAGUGACCAGAAAAGUCUGAUUGCACAACCACUGCUGGAAUCAUCAAGUGUAAAGAAGUCUGAGCCCAGUAACACAAGUAACUCCGAGCAGUGCAGUGAGGAGGACACCGAAGAAAAUGAGGAAGGACAAUCCUUUGAUUUUGAUGACCUGAACACAGAUGUGGCUGUAGAAAUACACACCACUAUAGACCAGGAUGACAAGAGUGAAAUGUGUGUGCCACAAGGGAAGCAAAUGGAAGAUGAGGUGUGUACUGAUGCAGCUUCAGUAAACAAAGAUGCUGUAAAGAAACACAGCGUUUUGGUUCCUUUGGAAGCUUCAUCUAAAAAUCUAGGAAUUGUGGAGGAGCAUGAGGAAAAAUUGGGGAAGAUUAGUGCGAUGGAUGAGCAAACCUUUGUUCCAAAAGACAGACAGUCUUCCAAAGCUGGGGGGUUUGGUGUUUUACAAAACACAAGUAAAGACCAGGCUGUGCCUUUACCAGUAGAAGAAGCUUUAGAUGUUGUUGAACAACUGCAUGAAGUAGGUGCAAACAGAGUGACCGUAAAAGAUGUGAAGAACAAUUGCAAGAAAGGAAAAACCAAAGGCAAAGAGGAUUGCAAGAUGACUUAGAUGAAGACUUCAACAUUAAAUAUAGCGGUAUUUUGUUGAUGAAGUAGAACAUUUAACAGUUUCUUUUCCAGGUUUGUUUGAUUUUCUGUGAACUUCAAAUUUCAUAUUUUUGUGUUAUAUUUGCAAAAAAAUAAGUCAUUUGAACUUUUAGAAUGUAAAAUGCAAGCUUCUGUCAGCAGCUGUUUUGGUCAAAGUCAUUCAGCCAUCUUCUCCAUCCGUAGACCGAAGAAACAAUUCUGUCAUAUGACAGUAAACGACAAUAAAGUUGGAUUUGAUUUAA